CUGCUCCGAUGCGCAGAACUAUUUUAAAAUAGUUUGAUUGUUGUGUGCUGUUUUUUCUCUCUUAUACUCUUCUCUAUCAGCUUCUUCUUUUAAAUGUGAAACCAACGAUCAAAACAGAUCGACCAACACUUAUCUCAUUCUAUUCCUCGUAUCAGGAUCGUCAAAGUGCAAUGGGUAGUGAAAAUAUCAUGGACGAGCUGGCAACGUUGAUAAGAACUGACAUUCCAGAGGGCAGACAAAGCCUUCAGGACAGCUACACGAAUCUUGCCCGAGUCGCCGAAUACUGUGAGGAUACGUACUAUAGGGCAGACAACAAGAAAGCGGCACUCGAAGAGACAAAGAAUUAUACAACGCAAUCGUUGGCCAGUGUUGCAUACCAGAUCAAUACGUUAGCGUAUAAUUAUCUACAAUUAUUGGAUAUGCAAGCGCAGCAACUGGGCGAAAUGGAAUCUCAAAUGAACCAUAUCGCCCAAACAGUUUCGAUUCACAAGGAAAAAGUGGCCAGACGUGAAAUUGGGGUGUUGACAGCAAACAAAAUUAGUACGAGACAAUAUAAAAUUGUUGCACCAUUGAAUCCGGAGAAACCAAUCAAAUACGUUCGCAAGCCGAUCGAUUACUCCAUUUUGGAUGACAUCGGCCAUGGUUUGCAUGCAAAGCAGAAACAACGAGUCUCGGUUCAACAAAUACCAGCACCGCCAAAUCCAGUUGUUGGUCCACCGCCAACGACAAAGCCACCAACACCGCCACAGCUGAGCCGAGGUGCAGUGCAAUUGAAAGCUGGUAGCACGGGAACACUUGGAAAGGGUUCUCGCGAAUAUCGAACACCACCAGUUGUUGUUCCGCCACAAGUUCCAUCUCAUUAUGCGCCAAAUUAUCCGGUCGGCCAUCCACGUCGACAAACCAGUGAACGUGGACCCGGCUAUAGUGCCGUUCCAAUGCCGCCAAGUCAACAAAUUGCACCAGUCAGCAAUGUUAAUCUAGUUCAUCCAUUGCCACCUCCACCGCCAAAUACGUUUGAUGAUAGAACCACAAUGCCAGUUCAAAAAUGUUCCUUCUUCACAGCUCCGCCAUCGCCAUUGACUAUGACUCAUGAGAUGCCUGAUCAAAACCAUAUCGGAAUGCAUACUUUGGGCCGAAAUAUUAGCAGAAAGCAUCUUCACAGACCUGGAUCGCAAUCACCACCAUUGCCACCGCCACCACCAGAAGAAGAUGAAAACCAGAAUUUCGGCAGGCCAAGAACGCAAUCAGUCGGUCCAUUGGCUCCAAUUGUGCCAGAAGACCAAAAUCUUCCCGGUUGGGUGCCAAAGAAUUACAUCGAAAAAGUUGUUGCUAUUUACGAUUACUAUGCGGAUAAAGACGAUGAAUUAAGUUUUCAAGAGAGUUCUGUACUGUAUGUGCUCAAGAAGAACGAUGACGGUUGGUGGGAAGGUGUUAUGGAUGGCGUAACUGGACUAUUUCCGGGAAAUUAUGUCGAGCCAUGUGUUUAGACGAUGCACCAACAGCAACGCUAAUCUUCUUCAUAUUUCCUUUUUUUUAAUAAUAACUCUGUGCACGGUUCAAAGUUUGAACAAACGAAAAAUAAGUCAGAUAAAUAUCGCUAUUAACAUUCAAAUUAUUCCAUUGUGUGAAGCAAAAAAGAAAAAAGAAAAAAAUGAAACAAAACAAUUAUGAUGAAGACAAACAAAAUUCAUAUUUUUUAAUUUAUAAAAUAAAUAAUACAUAGUACGUUCGGUCCUGAUUUUUA